AUGGAGUACUGUAUAGACCACAUCGUAUAUGAUGCAUCUUGGGAACAACAACAGCCAUGGUACUGCAAAAUGGUUAAAACUGGGAAGAAGAGAAAAUCACGUUCACAGUUAGGCGAAGAGAUGCAGCAACUAAGGUGCAGACUGGAGGAAGCACUCCAACGGCAACAGAGGUAUUCAGUGUCCCGUCCAUCCACAUUCCAGCCGGCAGAAUCAUCCUUGAAUCAGUAUAUCCUUCCGGCUGAUUUGGUUGGCAUCAAGCCACCCCUUGAGGAGUUUCUGGAGCAGUUGGCAGAAUUUGAAGGUCAACCCAAGCAGUUGAAAGUGAUCUCAAUAGUUGGCUUCUGUGGAUUGGGGAAGACCAUCCUUGCCCGGGAGUUGUACAACAGCGUGAUCGGCAAGCAAUUCGACGAAAGGGCAUGGGUUUCUGCAGUGCAUGGGGUACCAGCUUAG